AUGUACGGACAGUGUAUUCAACUGCUUAAAGUUUAUCCUCAAUGUGUUGCUGGCUAUUGCAGAACGUGUCCCAACCUUUUACGCGACACCGUUAUAAGGGUUUCUUUAUCACUUUCUGUUGUUUCCGUUUGUGUUUUACUUGCCGCUCUAGUUCUUUUUUCUGCUUUUGAUUCCGUCCAAUGUCGACGCCUCUCUAUACAUAAAAAUCUAGCAGCUGCCUUCGUUCUCCGUUUUGCCAUACUUGCCCUUUGGACGUUUUUAAAUACUCGAAAUGCAUUUCAAGAUUGUUCACAAUUUGCGCCUUUACAUUUGAGACAAUGGGAAUGGCUAUGCAAAUCCCUACUUUUUGGUCUUAUUUAUUUUCAAGUUGCUUCAGUUAUGUGGAUGUUGAUAGAAGGGGUUUAUUUAUACAGCAGGUAUUGA